CAGAUUAACUCUUUAUCUAAAGAAGCGACAAUAAUAAUGAUGAUGGAAGCAAGCUCUCUUCAAGAAUGCAUAUCUCAAGGUGGCCAUAUCGUCAGUAUUCAACCAAAUUCUUACACAGUUCGUGUUAGGAUGCCAGAUGGUGCCGAAAAGGACAUCCCGAAUAUAAGUUUUCCGAUUGAAGCAAAAAAUGUACCUCAAGAAAAAGCUUUAGAAUUAUUUCAAGAAACAACUUCGGAUACUAGCGAAGAAGAAUUAUCCGAGGCUGUCGAAUGGAAAAAGAGCAAGUUUUUGAGAUGUAUGCAAAAUGGCGGAGUUAUCACUGAAUAUCAUAAGAAUAAGCGAGGAAAUUACACGUUACCCUCGAAUCAGAUUGAAGUUUAUUCCAACAUCUCUCAGGAAUACUUUGAUCAAUUCAAAACUGAUGAGGCAAAAGAAAAAUUUCCAGAGUUUCAACAUGAACGUCAUCGAAAUGAUUCAUUUGGAGAGGUUAUGAAAAAAGGUGGUCGUAUUGAUGAUUGUGUUAAAUUUCAAUCUAGUUCUGUUUUUGUCUUGAUGCCUGAGGGAAACAUCGAACAGUUUGGAAACAUUUCUCAAGAAUUAAUUGACAGAUACAAAGAUCGCAUCAAUUUGCAACCUGAACUUGCUCGAGAUAAAACUGCGGAUCAUACACAUCGAAAGGGGGAUAGAUUCUUGACUUGUAUGAAUCAACCUCAAACAACUAUCAUCGAUAUCCGCCCUCAUCCUUUUUAUUCUGUCCACAUCAGGACUCCUGAAAAUACGGUCAGGUGA